GUAGCCCUAAUUUCAUUUUCCCCUUUUCCCCACAUCUCCCUUCCACUCCCGCACCCACCCACCCACGAUCUUCCCCUCCCUUUCUGCAUUUUCAAACAGCUGCUGCUACAAUCAUCGUCGACGCGAGGCGCUGCCACUGCUGAUUUUUGUGGAUGAUUGCAAAUAAUAACCUCCCAUCCAAAACUUAUCAGCGAAGCAAUGACGCUGUCGGAAGAGGAAAUCACUAGGCUGUUCAGGAUCCGAAGAACGGUAAUGCAAAUGCUGAAGGACCGGGGUUAUUUUGUUGGGGACUUUGAGAUUGACAUGACCAAAGAGCAGUUCAAGGAUAAAUACGGUGAGAGCAUGAAAAGGGAAGACCUUGUUAUCAAUAAAGCCAAGAGAAAUGAUAGCUCUGAUCAGAUCUAUGUUUUCUUCCCUGACGAACAAAAGGUUGGUGUAAAGACAAUGAAGACUUAUUCCCAGCGCAUGAAGUCGGAGAAUGUUUUCAGGGCAAUCUUGGUGGUUCAACAAAAUUUGACUCCCUUUGCUCGGAGCUCUAUAAGUGAGAUUUCAACAAAAUUCCACCUUGAGGUUUUCCAGGAGGCAGAGUUGUUGAUAAACAUUAAAGAGCAUGUUCUUGUUCCUGAGCAUCAAGUACUUACAAAUGAGGAGAAGAAAACUUUGCUGGAGAGAUACACUGUGAAAGAAACACAGCUGCCUCGUAUGCAAGUGACUGAUCCCGUCGCGAGAUAUUAUGGGCUGAAGCGUGGACAAGUUGUGAAGAUUAUCCGACCAAGUGAAACAGCUGGUCGAUAUGUCACUUACCGAUAUGUUGUGUAAAUAUUUUUUGACAACUUGGCAACUGCUUAGGAAAGGGUUUGAAACUGUACUCGAGUUGACACUACACUUUGCCUUAGUUAAAAGUUAAAACGGCUGGGAUCGAUUAAACUUGAUAGUUUUUUAAUGGAGGUUUUUAGCAGACAACUCCUGAAUUCAUCUCCCACGGUAGUGCAUCCAAUUGUGUGCUCUGUGUUGGUAGUAUGUAAUGCGGUUGGUAUUUUCUAGUUUCUAGCAUCUUAAAUUACUGGACUUUUGUAUGCUUGUUUUUAA